CGCCGCGCAGCAGGAGUCGCAGAGACUAUUCCAGACUAACCCGUGUGUGUCCUCGACCCUCCAUGUCCACCUGAACCUGUCCGAGUGGACGCGGCGUGGUUUGUUUCUUCCGGAUCGUCUCCCGGUGUCCUCCGGAGCUCAUGACGUCAGCGUGCUAGCCGCGAGGAGACGGACACGAGUUCAGGACUGACUGCGGCUGCGUGAGAGAUAUCUGGGCUGUUUGAAAGCACGAGAGCACGAGGAGCAACUUUCUAGUUUGAAAGAGGAGCACGAGCGCCAACGGAAACUAAUGGACGCUGUUUUCAACCCGGAAGUCCGGUUACAACAAGCAGACGUUCGGCAGAUGACGGUGAUUAAAGAAGAGGUUCUCUCUGAGCGACAGGACUGGAGCUCCAGUCUCAACCAGGAAGACCCAGAGCCACCACACAUUAAAGAUGAACAGGAGGACCCAGAACCUAAACACAUUAAAGAGGAACAGGAAGAACCAGAACCCCUACACAUUAAAGACGAACAGGAGGAACUCUGGAUCAGCCAGGAAGGAGAGCAACUUCAAGAGCUGGAGGAGGCUGGGAUCAAGUUCUCAUUCACUCCUGUGAUGAGUCGAGAUGAUGAAGAGGAAGCUCAGUUCUCAAAUUCCACAAAGACUGACUAUAGAGGGGCAGACCAUUUGAAAACAGAAGCCGAUGGAGAGGAAGUCGGAUCCAGAUCAGAUCCGGAUAGUCCUUUACAACCAACUUCUGAUGAGGCUUCACAAUCCUCUGACUGUGUGACUGAUAACAGUGACGAUUGGCAGGACACUUCACAACCAACUUCUGAUGACACUUCACAAUCCUCUGAAUGUGAGAUGGAUAACAGUGACGAUUGGCAGGACACUUUACAACCAAUGUCUGAUGACACUUCACAAUCCUCUGAAUGUGAGACGGAUGAUACUGACUAUUGGAAGGAGAAUCAGGAAACUCAGUCACAUUUAAACCCUUUGCAAAAUAAUGAAGUACCUGUAAGUGACAUCAACCGUAAAACUGGAAAAACAUCAGUCAGCUCCUCUGAACAUGCUGGAAGCUUUGGCCACAAGAGACUGCCGAAGGGACAUUCUGGAGCUGAAACAGGAGUGAAACCAUUCAGGUGUUCAGUCUGUGGUAAAACAUUCAGAAUAGUGAGCCGUCUAAAAGGACACUUCACUGUCCACACAGGGGAGAAACCGUUCAGUUGUUCAGUUUGUGGUAAAACAUUCAGACUAGCGAGACAAGUAAAAGGACACUCAACUGUCCACACAGGGGAGAAAGAGUUCAGUUGUUCAGUUUGUGGUAAAACAUUUAGACAACCGCAAAAUCUGAAAAGACACUCAACUGUCCACACAGGGGAGAAAGGGUUCAGCUGUUCAGUUUGUGGUAAAACAUUCAGACUAGCAAGACAAGUAAAAGCACACUCAACUGUCCAUACAGGGGAGAAAGGGUUCAGUUGUUCAGUUUGUGGUAAAACAUUCAGAAUAGCGCAAGCUCUGAAAAGACACUCAACUGUCCACACAGGAGAGAAACUUUUCAGUUGUUCAGUUUGUGGUAAAAAAUUCGGACAAGCGCAAGUUCUAAAAGUACACUCAACUGUCCACACAUGGGAGAAAGGGUUCAGUUGUUUAGUUUGUGGUAAGACAUUCAGACAAGCGCAAGCUCUAAAAAGACACUCAACUGUCCACACAUCGGAGAAACUACACAGUUGUUCAGUUUGUGGUAAGAAAUUCAGACAAGCGCAAACUCUGAAAGUACACUCAUUUGUCCACACAGAGGAGAAACCGUUCAGUUGUUCAGUUUGUGGUAAAACAUUCAAACGAGCGGAAAAUCUGAAACAACACUCAACUGUCCACACAAGAAAAACUAAAUAGUCGUUCAGUUUUCUAGAAAAGAUUCUCUCUUCUGUUAAUAUUAAUCUGAUUUAUUGAAGGGACCGUAAUGUCUAGGUUCCGGCAAAGCAUCAGAAGAGACGGCACUUUGCCUGUGAGGAGACAGAGAUAUUGUGUCUGCAGCUCAAGGGCAGCUACACGCCUGACAGUAUUCAACAUUCACACUUGUUAUCAGUAUUUACACAUACCAAGAGGGGCACACGGCCAACAGACAGCCCCCACCCGGGGGUACGAGGGAUGGGAUAUGCACCUGUGACGAGAUCUGGGUAUAAAAGAUGGAAUCUUGAUGUGCUAGAGGAAGGUGUGGUUUUCGGGCCUCGACUUGCAUGUUGAGGAGAGCUCCCCGUGGUUUGUACUUUGCUUUUGAUCAGUGAAUAAACGUCUCCCUAAAGGAGAGAACUAUA